UAAAAUUCAAGCAGGGUCUGGUUGCAAACUGUAUCGAAAGAGGCCCGGAGUAUCUGGCACGGCAACCCUCGAGGUCCCUGGGCCAGGUAAGACCCGCCAUUCGUGUUGUCGGCGGCGAGGAGUAAGGGUGUUGUGGGCUUCGCUCAAGGUCAACAGCAGGAGAACACUCUUUGAACAGGCGUUGAUAGAGGCCGACCAUGAUGCGAGUGUGCUGGUGCGUCCUUGCCCUGGCCUUCCUCUCCUCGGUCAGCGCUCAGCAGGCCGGUUGGUGCAGGGACACGAUGCGCUGGUGCUGGGAGUGGGCUGUGCAGGGCGAGUGUGUCCUCUCGCGGCCCUUCAUGGCCAGGCAUUGCUCUGCUUCGUGUGGCUUCUGCUUAGAUACAAAAUGCGUCGAUAAGAACAAGCUGUGUCAAUACUGGGCAUCGACGGGAGGCUGCAAAUCCCCGAGUCGUGUGGUGGAGACCAACUGCCCGCUGUCGUGCGGGGUCUGCGUCUCGAACUCGCAGCGCCCGCCGCAGCCGAGCGUUCCUGGGAAUCGAGACGUCCGGCCUCAGCCCGGUUCACAGCGCCAGCCCCAAGGCGGUCGUCAGCCCCUCCCGAGCCUGGGAAGGCCCGCUCUCUUCCCGUCCAUCACAAGGCCGUCCUUCGCGUGCGGGGCGCCCUACCCGUCCCCGGGCGUGAGGAGGCGAGCAAGACAAGUCAGUAGAGCCAGUGGUAGUCGGGACACUGCAGCGCCGAGUUCAUCUUCCAGGCAAGACGGAAUUGUGGGUCUCGCGGACGAGUCCCCGGCCGAGGGAAACGUCGUCUGUGGCGCCACCGUCAUCAGCGACCACUAUCUCCUGACUGCUGCCCACUGCGUCAUCAACAAUCCCGUGUCGUCGGUGCGCCUCGGCGACCUGGACCUCUCCCAGGCCGACGAACCGAACUCGCGCGCCAGAGACUACGAAAUCGAAGUGAUUUACGUCCAUCCUGAUUACGACGGCGGGUACAAUGACGUGGCUCUGCUCAAAACAACGGCGCGGAUCGAGUUCAACGAGGGCGUGUUUCCGUUCUGCAUUUCGGACUCUCGUCCCGGUCCCCAGACUGUCGUCACUGGCGCUGGCUUUGGAUACGUGAAUGAGACUUCCAAGGCAACACACCUGCAGGAAGCCGAGCUGAAUAUAGUUUCCUCGGCGGAGUGCGAGUCCCUGUUCCUGCGCGAGCACAGCCAGACGCUGAGGAAGUGGUACCCGCAGCUGCUCCAGGGCAGCGACAUCAUGUGCGCCGGGGCGCCGGGCAAGAGUGCCUGCGAGGGUGACGGCGGCGGUCCUCUGUACACGUCAGAUGCGUCAGGGCGCCGGUACCUGGUCGGCAUCAUAAGCAGAGGCCUGCCAUGUGGGGACGCCACGAACAUUACGAUGCCAAGCUUCUACAUCAGUGUUGCUGACCACGUCGACUUCAUUAACAGUAUUAUGUACUCGGAUUUCUAAGUCUCAAGGCUUAUUAGCAAGGCGCGAGUCCAGAUGCUUAGGGCGACAAGGGUUCUUGUCUUCUCUUAAGACUGGCCCUUGGCCGUCAAAACAGGGCUCCUUCCUUACUCGCUGCUGUUGCGGUCGGGGUGGAGGCCCAGGCUGGCCAGGGGAGGUGGACUCUGCAUCGUUGUGGUAUAUGCUUUUAAAUGUACGACGUGUCCGUCCAUCCAUUUCUGUUAUUUUAUUUUAUUUUGUUAUCUUUAUGAAUGUCUCUAGUGUCAGAUAUAGUACAUAUUACUAUUAGCCAAAAAGUUGUGUUGAUAUAUUUUUAGUUCACCAUAUUUUGUUGGCAAUAUUUGAAGAAAACUUGUUGAAAACUGUU